UUCGAAGUGCCGCAGAAACAGAUGGGCGUUCGUGCACUUUAUUUUUGUUUAUUCUCAUAAAGACGCACACGAUGGAACACAACGAGCAGAGUUUAACUUUAGACUGUUUAAUAAGUAUAUUUUCUUUUCUCAGUGAAGACGAUCUAAUCAAAGUGUCGUGCGUUUGUAAGGACUGGAAUGAAGCUGCAGAGACACAGUGGUUAUGGAGAGAGAUGUGCCUGCGUCGCUGGGGUUUCUGUAACGUGGCCCAGCUGCUCUCAGACACGACCUCGUACACGUGGAAGCGUUAUUACCUCCAUCGCUCCUCCCUGGAGCUGAACAUGAAGUGCGGCCGAUCAGGAGGAGAUUACAGCUGUAACAGCCUGAGGGGACACACAGGCCGGAUCGUCGGCUUCUCGUACCUGAUGGGAAACAGCGCUUUACACGACAUGUGGAACGUCACGCCGAUCGUCUGCAGCGCCUCCUCUGACGGAACACUCAAAGCCUGGGACAUACACAAGGGUGUUCCUCUGUGGUCCAGCUCCGCUCAGAACCCGCUGACCCGUAUCAUCACGGACCCAGAGCAGAGCAUUGUGAUCACGUCGGACAGCGCCGGGACGAUCAGCACGUGGCAGGGACGGACGGGAGAGCCGCUGAACUCCUUCACCUCGGGCUCGUCUCAGUGCACGUUAAUGACCUUCAGCACAGAGGGAAACGCUUUCGUUACGGUGGGAACUUCGCUGGGGUCUCUCCUCGUCCUGACGUCACCGCAGCUGUCUGAAACAUCUCGGCACGUGGUGUGCGACUCGUUCGCUCUGAACGUCCUCCUCUCUUCUCCUGAUAAGAAGUGGAUCCUCGCUGCAUCUAAGGACAACUCGGACCUGAGCCCGAAGGUUUUCAGCACUCAGAGUGUGUGUAGUCCUGAGAAAGACUCUGAAGCUGUGUGUGUGUGUUUGCCGGUCCGUGGCUGCGCGUCUGCGGCGUUCUUCCCCUCUCAGGCCGCGCGAGUGGCCGUGGUUCACAGCGGCUCCGAGCUCAGACUCAACAUGCUGUCUGUGUUCGAGUUCAGCCUGAAGAAGUCCAGAUACAAGCAGGAGGCUCAGGCUCAGCAGGUCGAAUCUUUCCGUCUGGAUUUAAGCAGCUGGAACUCGGACCUGACUCUCCAGACGAAAGGGAACAGCAUGGUUCUGAUUGCAGACGGUACCGACCUGAAGGUCUACACCCUUAAAGGCGAGCUAAUCUCCAGCUUUAAGGAGCAUCUCCAGCCCAUCACGUCUGUGUGUGUGGACGAUUUCCGGGUUGUCACAGCGUCGCGUGAUUUAUCUCUGCGAGUGCUGACCUGGAGGAAGGACAGAGAGAAAGGGUUAAUGCUGGAGAGUCAGUAUCACCUGCUGGGUGGCUCUCACACCAUGUCCAGAGGAUUCACUGCGGUGGCGUGCGAUUAUGCGAGCAUCGUCGCCUCGGUGGAAGCCGUUAAUGGAAAGGACGUCCUGAAGGCCUACGUCUUUAAUUCUUGAACAGAUCUGGAACAGACAUUUACAGCCUCCAGAUUAAAAUACGCCUUAAUGCGCUGCUUGUGCUCGAGCAUGUUUAUUGAUGUGUUUUAGAGUGAGCAUCGCUGUGCACUUUGAAAGGUUUAACAUAUCUUUUUUCCCUUUAAAAAUUUGUUACUAGAGUAAUUUGUAGAAACAGGGUGUACUGGGUUUGUAAUGGUGAGAUCAUUCAUUGCUCGGUGAGUGAUAAUGAUGAUGAUGAUGAUGAUGAUGAUAAUUUGAAUUACUAUGCCUGCCAUAAAGCUGCUUCACAGAAAAUCCACUAGAUUUUGAUUCCUAAUGAACAAGCCAGAGGUUACAGUGCUGAGGAAGUAAAAAGCUUCCUGAGAUGAUGUGAGAAGAAACCUCUGGAAGAAUCGCUCAAAAUGGAACCCGUGUUCUCCUGGAUGAUAAUGGAUAGUGUGAUUAUAAAUCAUUACAGUAUAGUCAUGUAGUGAAAAAGUCAGCAUCCUCCUGAGACUAUUCACAGCUUCAGGAGACGAGGUUUAAGUGCAGAAAGCUCCAGGAACACACGGGUUGGCAGGGAUACAGGAGCUGUAUCCUGCAUCACUAAUUUGAGACACAAACCAACAUUCACACACGCAUUCACAAAAGCCAAUUAGUCUAACCUGCAUGUCUUUGGACUGUGGAGGAAAUCCACCAAGCAUGGGGAGAACAUGCAAACUCCAUGCAGACAGAUCGGACCCUGGAGGUGGAAGGCAACAGUGCUAGCCACUACACCACAGUGCCGCCUUACGAGCGCAAUAUGAAGUGUUGUCUGAUCUAUCUUGUCAACAUGCUGCGUUGGCCUGCGGACCUGCCACUUAUGUUUUUUGUUUUUCUCACCAUUCAGUGUAACCCAGCACAUCUGGCACCACAGCCACGGCGUGUGUAAAGUCACAAGGACGAUCAAACAUGUUUAAUUUGAACAUUAACUAAAGCUCUUUUUCUCUAUCUGCGUGAUGCAUAUGCAUUAUUCUGCUGAAUUAGCUUUGUGGAUAAUUGCAUGAAUUAACAGGUGUACUGAUGUAAAAUAAAGCACUACACAUACUUGCGCAAUAUCUGUGCUGCGUUGACGCGCCUAAUGCACCGCAGUCUGUCUGAUUUUCAUUUUGAGGUACAGUUUUCAAUUCAAUUCAAUUCAAUUUUAUUUGUAUAGCGCCUUUAACAAUGGUCAUUGUUUCAAAGCAGCUUCACAAAAAUAAAAAGAAAAUUUAUGGAA